UAAGGUCACGGAGAGAAAUAUUUCAUCCUCUAGCUCCCUAGAAACUAAAGCUUGAAUAUGUGCACUACUCCUGGCUAAUCAAAAUUUCCAGUCCUAACUUAGAAUUCAAAGCAAAAUGAAAGAUUAUUUACAACAGCUGGAAAUGCAAGGGGCGGGCGAUUGUGGUAUAUGAAACAGACUGUUUCCAUGCUCUUUCGGAGGACAUGGUCAUUGAACUUGCGAGCGUGGAAUCUGGGCAAAAGGGUAGACAUUAAUGUCCCAAUGCUAUUAUGGAUCCUGGAUCAUGGAGGAAAUUAUAUACAUAUAUCUUUUUUCAUCUGAGAGAUAUCACCUUGCUCUGCGACUGAAAAGCUACAUGAACCUGAAUGCAUGGCAGGUUGGAACCAGACAGGGGUGAAGGAAUUCCUUCUGGUAGGUUUAACUGAAAACCCUAAUUUGCAGAUCCCUCUCUUUUUCCUUUUCACCCUUAUUUAUUCCAUCACUCUGGCAGGUAAUUGGGGGAUGAUUAUCUUGAUCUGGUUAAAUACCCAACUUCAUACUCCAAUGUACUUUUUCCUUAGCAACCUCUCUUUUUGUGAUAUCUGCUACUCUACUGUCUUUGCUCCAAAGAUGUUGGUCAAUUUUCUAUCAAAACACAAAGCUAGCACAUUUUCUGGUUGUGUUCUACAGAGUUUCUUUUUUGCAGUUUAUGUAACCACAGAGGGCAUUCUUCUGUCUAUGAUGGCUUAUGACCGCUAUGUGGCAAUAGCUAAUCCCUUGUCGUACACACUCAUAAUGACCCAAAAGGUUUGUAUUCAGAUGGUCCUUGCGUCAUACUUGGGUGGGUUCAUUAAUUCGUUGACACACACAAUAGGUUUGCUCAAGCUAGAUUUCUGUGGUCCUAACAUCGUGAAUCAUUAUUUCUGUGACAUUCCCCCUCUUCUGAGACUCUCUUGCUCUGAUGCCCAUAACAAUGAGAUGCUACUUUUAGUUUUCUCUGGGGUCAUUGCAAUGUUCACUUUCACUAUCAUCAUGGUCUCUUAUACGUGCAUCAUCAUUGCCAUCCAAAGAAUCCGCUCAGCUGAGGGGAGGCACAAAGCCUUCUCCACUUGUGCCUCUCACCUCACUGCUGUGACCUUAUUCUAUGGGUCUGUAACCUUUAGUUACAUCCAGCCAAGUUCUCAGUAUUCCCUGGAACAGGAGAAAGUCUCUGCUGUGUUUUAUACAUUGGUUAUCCCCAUGCUGAACCCACUGAUUUAUAGCCUACGCAAUAAGGAUGUAAAAGAGGCAGCAAAAAGGUCAAUGUGGUGGAAGAGAACCCCCACCUGA